AUGCUCGCUCAUCAUCAUGGCGUUGAAGGCCAGAAAUUAUUUGAUUUGUUUGAGGAGAGAAGAUUGAUACGUGAAAGGCAGGCCUCCGAGCUGGUGAGCAUGAACCAGUUUGCAGAUGAAAUGAAAGUUCAAUCAAAACGAGCACAUUAUCAAAAGAAGGCUCUCACCUUUGCAGCCAGAUCCUACAGCCAAUUAAAUGUAACUAAGGCAGCCUACAAUGAUCUUCUUGCAAAAUAUGCAAAACGAUAUCAAUACUAUGAGGCGACCCACCAAGACACUCAGCUCAUAUUGAACAUCACUAAGGUGGUUCAUCGAUACGAAUUACUGAACAUCACCAAUAGAAUUUACGAAGAAGAAGCCAAUAUUAAUAUAACGACACCCAUUGAUCCGAAUUAUUUUGAGAAGCUUAAUGGUACAACAUUCACUACUCUUAGCACCACAUACUUUUCGAGAGGCCCAUUCAGUGAACGAGCAAGGCUAGUCACAGGCGAAGGGUUUGGAAUAUUUAUGACGGGUCAUGGCACAUUGUACUCGUUCGGAACCAAAUCCUAUGCAUUGGGUAGGACAAAAAAAGAUCGUUCGGUGCUUCCAGUUGAUUUCAAGUUGCCUGAAAACGAAGAGAUUUGGCAGAUUGUUGCAGGUGACUCGCAUGUACUGCUUCUAACAAAUUUAAAACUGUACGCUUGGGGAUCAAAUACUUGGGGCCAACUUGGAGAUGGAACAACAACAACCAGACAGCUGCCUAUGGAAAUUCUCACUCAUUCUGAAAGCAUUGUAUUUAUUGCUGCUGGUACUGAAAAUUCUUUUUAUAUUAAUACAGCAGGAGAGUUGUUCGCUUGGGGAAGAAAUAAUGAAUAUCAGCUUGGUUUGGGAACGGACCGAACAAUCGCUCCAUCCUCAAUUAAGCUACCAACGCUUGUAUCAUUUGCAGGAAGUCCAGCAGUGACUCAUGUUUGCGCGGGUUUGACUCAUGUGGUUGUUAGAUUUAUCAAUGGAAGCUUUUCUUACUGGGGUAAAGACUUUCCUAUUGCAGGACCCUACUACAGUCCUGUUUAUCAAUAUUUUGCAAGGCCUGUGGAUCUUGGAGUAAGUCCUAAUGACUAUCCGACAAAAAACCAUUUAGACUUUGUGUGUGGUGAUCGAUCCACGCUAUUCCUAACCUCAUUAGGAACUGUGUUUGGGUUUGGCGAAGGGGCAAACGGUAGACUAGGAAUAACAGGAUCAGCUUCAAAGUCCGUAUUGACACAGAUUACUACCACCAAUUUAGGUACCUCUCGUAAAAUUGUGAAACUAUUUCACAAAAAACAGUCUGCAUUCGCAGUGUGUGAUGAUGGAACAGUUUGGGCUUGGGGAAGCAAUUAUCAUUGCCAACUUGGCACAGGAAGAUAUGAUUAUUAUAGAUGGUGGAGUGGAUACUGGUGUUAUGAUGUGCCAAUACCCCGCCUUAUUACGGCUUUUCCAAAAGCUAAAAACCCUUAUUACUAUGAAUUUGCCUUAAUGUCCUCCUCGUCUGCCAUGAUCUAUGCUGAUGGAAAUAAGUUGUAUUAUGCGGGAGCAGGAAAAUCAGAAGACAAUAGACUGGGUGCAAGAAUAGUACCACGGUACGCUUUCAAAAAUAUUCAGCAAGUGAAAAUGCAGUUCUGGUCUCCACUUCAAAGAAAUUAUCCUUUCUUUACUACUGUUGAUAAUCAAACGGUUUAUUUCAGAGAAGAUCAUUAUAUGGGCACAUCAAAAAACAACCUUAAUAUCGUAUCGGUAUUGGGAGUUGGAGUCACAUCUCAAACUGCACCCAAUCAAGGAAUUACUACAAUGGGCCGUGAUGAAAAGAGAAAGAUGUUUGCUUAUUCGUUCUUUAACACACACAUACUCACCAUCAACACCACAGUUUUUUUCUUUGGAGGAAUGAUCAAUCACACCAUGUCAAACAAAAUUUACAGUACUGAUUCUGUUUAUGGGGCAUGGACUUUACACAACAGGACUCUUCCGUAUCCUGUGGCAAGUGGAAUGUAUGCUCUUGUGGAAGAUUAUUUUUAUAUUUUUGGAGGAAUGACUACAGAUAACAUAGGAAAUUUGAUUCCCUUAAACAAGAUUAUCAGAGCUCCUUUGAGGGAUAUCCUGAGUUGGGAAGUUACAAAGAUGACUUUGCCGUCACCAAUAUACGCCGGCCAUACAGAAAUCAUUGGAGAUUAUAUUUACAUAUUUGGUGGAAGAAGGUUUGACCAAGAACCGAACGCAGACAUCUUGAGGUCUCCCUUGGUCAACAUGACAUGGUCAAACACUUACAUGAUUCUUCCAUAUCCCAUUGUUGAUGGACCUGUGCUGUAUGACUCGAAAAAUAUUUACAUGUUUGGAGGGUAUUAUGCAACCAAUGAGAAAUACUAUCCCAAUAUUGUGAAAGCAAAAUUGGACAACCCAAUGUAUUGGGAAGAUUCCAUGACCAAAAUCCCUUCUGUAGGGUCUAGAUACUAUUCGAUUGGAUGCGGCUCAGUUUUUUUGUUGGGAAUGCAAAUGAACAGAACAGAUACAACUGUUAAUGUGCUGUCGACAAACUCAAAUCAGUUUUGUUCUUCUCAUGGAAAUUGCGUACGAGGAAGCUGUCUUUGUCACAGUCAAUGGACUGGUUUAAAUUGUUCCAUUCCAAUAUGUUUCGGGAUUCCACAAUGGGAACCUGGUGUUUGUAGUGGUAGAGGAGCAUGUGUUGGCCCAGAUACUUGCAAUUGCACUCAGGCAUCGCUUUGGGGAGGACCAAAUUGUAACAUUCACAAAUGUGAUGGUGUUCUGUCAACCAAUGCCUUGUCUGUGUGCAACAAUGGCAACGGAACCUGUAUUAGUCCUAACACUUGUGAUUGCAAUGCAGGGUACCGAGGAACGAGAUGUGAAAUUGCCAUUUGUUAUGGUGUGUCUGGAGAUGACUACAGUGUUUGCAGUGGAAACGGUGCAUGUGUUAAACCAGAUACAUGUAUAUGUGGUGCUGGAUACGUGGGUAGCAAUUGCGAGACCUACUUUAUGCCAACAAUUCGUAUUAAGGCAACCAUUGACGGCUCGGACACAAUAAUCAUAAAAGGAGGCGUGUUGACAUGGCAACAUGGAGCAUAUGGAGCACCAACAGCUAUUACCAUUGAUGGCGUUGCCUUUACCUACACCUCAAGCAAAAAUUUGGGGUUCAACACUGAUGGAAUUAGCAGAGUUAGCGUGACAAAAACAGCACCAACGAACAGAGCAGGUACAGUCAGCAUAACCCAGAUGCCAACAGCCCAGAACGGAUGGCAAACCAAGGUCUACGUUGAUGAUACCGCUGGUGGAGCUGGUGCAUAUGAUUUUACAAUCACCAUUAACGGUUAA